UGUACAAAGGCCUAGACCGUAGUUCCAAGCUUCCUGGAACUUGGGCUGGCAGACCUGUAUCUACUUUCUGCCUUGACUGCCGGCCAUCCCCAGACUGUCCAGGAAGAACUUGCAGUCUGUUUUGCAUUGUCUGUACAAUAAAUAGAAUUCAGCUUUGUGCUGAUUGAGCAGUAACAUUUUAUCUGGAGCAGUACUCUGAUUUCUGACACUAAUGGCCUUAAACAAAAUGGAGGAUUUUAAAUUUGAUGGAACAGAGCGCCUACCUGUCGACUACGUGAAGGGGAUUCUGCAACCCACACCUACCUGUGACAUGUGGGACCAGAUCUGGAACUUCCAAGCCAAGUCUGAUGAUCUGCUUAUUGCCACCUAUCCUAAAGCAGGAACAACAUGGACUCAGGAAAUAGUGGACUUAAUACAAAAUGAAGGUGAUAUUGACAAAAGUCAACGAGCACCUACUCAUGUACGAAUUCCUUUCAUCGAAUGGAUAAUCCCAUCCAUAGCAUCUGGUUUGGACCAAGCUAAUGAAAUGCCCUCACCACGGACUCUGAAAACACAUCUUCCCAUCCACUUGCUGCCACCAUCCUUCAUAGAAAAAAACUGUAAGAUAAUCUAUGUAGCAAGAAAUCCAAAGGACAAUAUGGUAUCUUAUUACCAUUUCCAAAGAAUGAAUAAAGCUCUUCCUGCUCCAGGAACCUGGGAAGAGUAUUUUGAGAAUUUUCUGGCUGGGAAAGUGUGCUGGGGUUCUUGGCAUGACCAUGUGAAAGGAUGGUGGAAAGCCAAAGACCAACACCGCAUUCUCUACCUCUUCUAUGAGGACGUGAAGAAGAAUCCAAAGCAUGAAAUUCAGAAGGUGGCAGAAUUUAUUGGGAAAAACCUACAUGAUGAAAUCCUAGAUAAAAUUGUCCAUCACACCUCAUUUGAUGUUAUGAAGCAGAACCCAAUGGCAAACUAUUCGUCGAUUUCUACUAAAAUCAUGAACCACACUGUUUCUCCAUUCAUGAGAAAAGGGACAGUUGGAGACUGGAAGAAUCACUUUACUGUUGCUCAGAAUGAGAGAUUUAAUGAAGACUAUGAGAAGAAAAUGGCUGAUACCAAUAUAACUUUCCACUUCCAAUUCUCAUAAAAAAGAAAAGAACCAAAAUUUUUUAGUUUGUUACCUAAUUUAUUGGUAAUAAUCAAUAAAACUUUAUUACCCAGACCACAUGAUAUUGGAUUCAGGUUCUCAGACUAGUUGAUUAUUGUGUUUGCUUUUGUUCACUCUUAAAAAAGUAGGGAUAAAGCUAGCAGAGUUUGGGGGCAAGGUGGAGAGUGAGAGCAGGAUGGCAAAGUGGAAGGAAGGAAGUUCAAUAAUUACUGUUACAAUCAUGGAUGGCAUCAUUGUUGAUUAUCACUAUAUUUAAGUUUUCUACAGAUCAUGUGUUUGUUGACAUAUUUUAAAUGCUUCAUUCCUUAUAUAAAAAAACACUAAAGUUUUCAGAGUGAGUGUUGGUUCAGGCUAACUUUCCAAUGCAUCACUAAAAUAUAUAGAUAGUGAUUUUCUCCCAGAAAUUUCUUGGUAGCCAAGUAACCAUCAAGUGACUCUGUUUCCCCAUGAAACUUUCCAAUUCACCUCAGUGUUCUUACUAUAAUACAUCUAUCCCUAUCUCUUACCACAUCCUAUAUACUUAAGUCUCUCUCUCUCUCUCUAGCCAAUGCUAUGAUUGAGUCUUGGAGUCAUAUCUCGACUCACCUCCUUCCAGUGCAUCCACAGCAAUAUCUGUCAGUUUUACCUGUACAGAGUCUCAUUUGUAUAGUCACCCUUCUAGUUCAGAAAACUUUUACCUCUUGUCCAUACUAGUAUAAGCUUCCUAACUCAUUUCUCUGUUUCUUGUACAUCUACCAGGGUUACUUUCCUAAAACAAGAUUUUGAUUAUAUUUCUCUUUAGCUCUAAAUAACUUCAGUGAUUCUGAAUUUUUACUGCCUGAAAGAUAAAUCCCAUGCUUUUUAGCUAUCAAUUCAAAGGCAGCUAUAAUGGUAUGAUAUGGUGGAGCUCAUUUUCUAAACCACUUUCCUAGCUUAAUUUCACCUUCUAGACCACCUCCACGCUUCAGCAAAUAAGACUACUCACUGAGACCUGAUCACACCUUGCAGGUUCCUAUCCUACUAGUUUUAUUUUCACCAUGUCUCCAUCUGAAAUAUCCUUUCCUUUCUUUCUACCUAUCCAAAACAUAUAAUAUGCUUCAAUGACCAGCACGAGUGGUUCAUUCCUCCUGCAAAUACUGAAAGCUGAAGAGAGCAUUUGCUUUUCUUUUUUUUUUUAAAUCAUCAUUAGUUUUUGAUGUAGUGUUCAACAAUUCAUUAGUUGCUUAUAACAUCCAGUGCUCAUUACAACACAAGCAUUUGCUUUUCUGAAAUCCUAUACACUUGGUAUAAUUAUUUUGUGAUUAAGAUUAAAGUAUAUUAUAUAUCUUGCAUG